CCAGAUGGCUGCCGAGCCGAGCUCGACGGUAGCCAGCAUUGCUGCUGUGCCUUGGUGGCACUCUGUGGUGGCCGGUAACAUGGGUGGCAUUGUCGGACUCGCCAUCUCGUUUCCACUUGAUACGCUCAAGGUGCGAAUGAUGAUGGAGCCAGACAAGUACGUGUCGUUGGGCGCGACUCUGCGAUCAAUGGUGGCUAGCGAAGGCCCGGCCUCGCUGUAUCGCGGGCUGACGGCGCCAGUGGCGGGCUACGGCGUCAUCAAUGCUGUGGCCUUUGGUUCUUUCGAGUGGGCAAAGUCUUGGCUGGACGAGGUGGUCGACGAGACACGUGCUGGCUCAAUGGCUCAGGUUGUCAUCCCGGCGGCGGCCUUUGCUGGCCUGGUCCAGUCGUUUGUUCGCGGGCCGGUCGAGCUUGCCAAGACGGUCCAGCAAGCGUGGCACAAUCCCGGCAAUGCGCGGGCACCGCCGUUCAAGUCGGCCUUUCACGGCAUCGCCCAUGUGGUGCGAAACGACGGUCCCAGCGCGCUCUUCCGUGGCCUGGGCGCCACCAUCGCCCGUGAAGUCCCGCAGUAUGCUAUCUACUACCCGACGUACGCGCUGCUCAAACCGGCCCUCACCGACGCGCUGCCGAGCAAGUACGCACCGGUUGCAGUUGCUGCCGCCGGUGCGCUCGCAGGCUCAGCCCAGUGGGUCCCUACCAUACCGGUCGAUGUCAUCAAGACCCGGAUGCAGGGCGCGCCGGCCGGUACCUACACCUCGGUCGUGCACUGCGCACGCACGCUGUGGGCCGAGCAAGGCCUCGCCACGUUCUUCAAGGGCACGGCGCCGGCCCUCAUCCGCGCCGCCCCGCUCCAUGCAGGUGUCUUUCUCGGCUACGACACCACCAUGAAACUGCUCGCCUCCACCAGCACCGCGAGCCAAUGA